AAUUACUUAAGAAUUUCAUUUGUUUAAUUCCGUUUUAUUUUAUUUUAAUUACAAUAAGCCUAUGGCUUAAUCAGUGACCAAUCUUUUUUUGGGAUGUGAAUUUUAAAAAUUAGAGGGAAAUCUCUUCCCAAGGCGUAAACUCGACCCCUACCGGCGAUUCCCUCUUUUCAUAUCAACGAAAUUGAAAACCUGUUUUCAAAAAACCUCUGGUGACGGUCAUCAAAUAGAUAGUUCGGUAGUUUUCCAAUUCCGUGACAUAAAACAGUUGGAAACGUCCAAAAGUUCGAUUUUCCUCCGUGGAUAUCUCAUGUUGGAGCUGUUGAUGGUGUAGAAGAGGCGUUAUCGACAAGGAUUAAAACAACAAAACACGCUGAGAAUGCAGCAUUCCCAGGACAAACAGCAGGAAAUGCAGCUGUCCGCCAUGCUCGCCAAGGUGAAGGAGCAGGCUUUGGACAUGAAGUUGAAUCUGGACGACGGCAAGCUGAUGGACGCCCUUAAACAGGCGACGGUCAUGCUCUCGGAACUCAGGACAUCCAACCUAAGCCCAAAAAACUACUAUGAAUUGUAUAUGACAAUUUCAGAUCAGCUCAGACACUUGGAACUGUAUCUCCUUGAUGAGUACCAAAAAGGAAGAAAAGUCGCAGACUUGUACGAAAUAGUUCAAUAUUUUGCAAAUAUACUUCCAAGACUUUAUUUGCUCAUCACUGUCGGAUUAAUAUAUAUGAAAACCAACCCUAGCCUGCGACCUUCGAUAAUGAAAGACCUGGUCGAGAUGUGCCGUGGGGUUCAGCAUCCUCUAAGGGGGUUGUUUCUUAGGAAUUAUUUACUGCAAUGUGUGAGAAAUAUAUUGCCCGACACGCCUGAUGAGGUCAAUGGUGGAAAGGUCCAAGACUCGAUUGAUUUUAUUUUAAUGAAUUUCGCUGAAAUGAACAAGCUUUGGGUUAGAAUGCAGCAUCAGGGCCAUUCGAGGGAAAGAGAGAGACGGGAAAAAGAGAGGGAGGAACUCAGGCUUUUAGUCGGGACCAAUCUUGUACGGCUGUCACAACUAGAAUCAAUCACUCUUGACAAAUACUGCAAGCUUGUGCUUCCUGGAAUUUUGGAACAAGUUGUAAGCUGUAGAGAUGCAAUUGCUCAGGAAUACCUUAUGGAAUGCAUUAUUCAGGUUUUUCCUGAUGAAUUUCAUUUAGCCACACUUACCCCUUUUCUACGUUCUUGUGCACAACUUCAGCCUGGCGUUAACGUGAAGAAUGUGGUUAUAUCACUAAUUGACAGGUUGGUCGGAUAUGCCCUCGGACCAGAUGUUGUCGAUGCACAAGCUGUUUCACAACUUUUCGAUAUUUUCUCAACCCAAGUUUCUGCUAUUAUUCAAACAAGGACUGAUUUACCAACUGAAGAUAUGAUUGCCCUUCAAGUCUCAUUAGCUAAUCUGGCUCUAAAAUGCUAUUCAGACAGGAUAGACUAUGUUGAUAAAGUUUUGCAAACGACACUUGAAAAUUUUGAAAGAGUUCAACUUAAAAAGGUUGAAUAUGCCGGCCAGAUUUCACGAGAAUUAAUGCGUCUCCUUUGCAUUCCCAUACAGGCGUACAACAAUAUAUUAACUGUUCUCAUGUUAGAACAUUUUACGCCUCUCCUUAAUAUUCUUGAUCAGCAGGGAAGAAAAAGCAUAGCUACAUCUAUUAUUGAAAACUGCUUGAAUAGCAAUACCUACAUCGGCGAGCAGAAUGAAGUUGAUUCAAUAUUGACGAUUAUCGCUCCACUUAUUCAUGACGAAGAUGAAAAAGAUGUGGUUGAACUGGAUGCCGAAGAUUUCGCCGAAGAACAAGGACUUCUUGGAAGGUUUGUGCAUCAUUUGAAAUCAGACGUAGCUGAUCAACAAUAUCUAAUAUUGAGCUGUGCAAAGAAGCAUUUUUUGAAAGGCGGAGAGAAGAGAAUAAAAUACACCCUGCCUCCUCUUAUAUUCCAAGCUUACCAACUAGCAUUUAAGUAUAAUGCAAUUAAGCAAGAAGAUGAACUUUGGGAAAAAAAGUGUCUUAAGAUCUUUCAGUAUUGUCACCAGACGAUUAUGGAGCUUGUAAAAGCAGAAUUUGCUGAACUUGCACUUAGGCUAUUUCUACAAGGGACACUUGCAAUUGGAGAAAUACGCUUUGCUAAUUAUGAGACCAUAGCUUAUGAGUUUUUAUCCCAGGCGUUUAUCCUGUAUGAGGAAGAAGUUUGUGAUUCCAAAUCUCAGCUUGGCGCAAUAACUCUUUUGGUCGGGUCUUUUGAAAGGAUGUCGUGCUUUUCACAAGAGAACACCGAGCCAGUAAGAAACCAGUGCGCACUGGCCGCGUCGAAGCUGUUGAAAAAGCCGGAUCAGUGUAGAGCCGUGUCAACGGCAGCACAUUUGUUUUGGUCGGGCAAAACUUCAGAUGGCAAACAGUUACAAGAUGGCAAAAGGGUUCUUGAUUUUUUAAAAAAGGGUUUGAGAAUCGCUCAUCAGUGCAUGGACGUGUCAGUUCAAACACAGCUGUUUGUCGAAUUGCUCAAUCACUACAUCUAUUUUUAUGAAAAAGGAAAUGAAAUGGUGACCAUAGCAAUUUUGAACCAGCUCAUCGGAAAAAUAAGAGAAGAGUUACCAAAUCUUGGGUCAAACGAUGAAACUGAACAGAUUUCAAAACAUUUGAAUAACACGCUGCAGCACAUUAAAGACAGGGCUGCCAGCGGUGAAGUCGACUACAAAGGACUUGCGUUAUAAUGACCUACAUUUAUUUGGUAAUCUGAGCUUUAGAUAUCUAUAAUUAUUAAUUUAUUAUACAUACAUGAAAUAUA